ACGUUGCUAUGACAACUUUAAACUUCAAUUUUGUCUUUGGUCGCUCACCACGUGAAACUAGACAUUUGGAUACAACAUUUUGUGUUUCACUAGUGACAAUUAAAACGACGUACAAAUAAUUAUAUUUUUAUGCCAAUUGUGAUAAGAUUCACUCAACUAACUAUCUAACUUGGGAUUUAAUCUGAUGCAAAAAGAAACAUGAAGAAUAAAAUAAGAAUAGCUCCGAAAGCUACCAAGGGUAAAGGUAAUCGAUGGAGAAAAGGACAGAGCAGUAAUUGUAAUGCUUCAACUAAAAAGUUCCGCCAACAAGUAAAUUUGAUGAACCCUUUCUCCAAAAAUUCAGCUGGGUGUGAUGAUUUUGAAGCUCUAAGACUUGACCAGCUAAGUGUAAGUGGUCGGCCGUUGCAUGAUAAGGAAAAUAUGGAAACAAAAUCCAUUUCAAUGGAUGUUGACCAAGAGUCAGUUGGCAGCUGUAAUACCUUUGCUUCAAUCUAUACCAAUUGUACCAACGUCAGUUUCUCUAAGCUAAUGGAGCAAUGGAAUCCUUCUUCUCUUUUGCAUCGAGAGAUGAUUGCUAUUUUAGCUACUGUGACUGAGACUAUAAAAGAAAAAAGCGGCACUGAAAGUGAGACUGAAUACUUUGCUAUUUUGGUCACUUUGCUUGAAACCACUGAGAAAGAAGAGACUUUGGCUGCCAUUGCCUAUCUACUGAGUAUGGUGAUAAAGAAACUUCCUGAAGAAGUUAAAAAGAUCAAGUUUGCAGAAAUAAGCCACGUUUUCACAUCAACGAUUGUUUCUCAUCGAGAAAAAACAAAUGGUUAUUUGUUGAUAAGUUUAAUUCGAUGCCUAUGUGAACUUAUAAAAAGUCAAGAGAAACAUGUGAUGAAAUUAGUUCCAACUUUGGAGGUUUAUCAAGUUCUUCUCGAUUUGACUUUGGAUAGCAAGCCGAAAAUCCGCAGAGCUGCUCAUAGAUCUAUUGUCAGCAUACUUAAAGCGAGUAAAAUCGUUUAUGAAAAUUCUGAGCAUCAUGUCUUGGCGCCGAAAACUGCUGAAUUUUGCAUACGAAAAAUUAAAGACACAAGUACUGACAACAUUAAUGAUGCUUUACAUAUGAUAAAUUUAAUGAAAGAUAUAAUCACUAUUUUGCCAGCUGGAGCGCUUGAAGAGUGUUGCAUCACUGCACUUCGAGCUAUGAGCAUCGGUAAUGCCUUAUUGAUCAAUGGAAGCUUGUCAGUUUUCUUGCAAUUAUUUAGCUCCUCUUCGCCACUUCGAGAAUUAAAACCGGAUCUAAAUAUCAAGCUGAUAAAUAACUUACACGUUAAAUGUCCAAGUUACACCGACUCUCAACUUCUCACCUUGUGGAUAAAUGUCAUGAAAGAAGGUUAUUUGAGUCUUUACUCGCUCGACAAAACAAAAUGCUUAGGAAUGCUCGCAACGUUUUUCAAUUCAACUUUACCUUGUUUCAUACAAAGUGACUCCAAAAUCGUCCAUAUUAAUUUAGCGACUGCACUUCAGCAAAUCAUUCAAUCUAUACUUUCACCAUCUUUAUUCGAAUUGGAUGGAAAAGUCUUAUCAAAUAUCAUGGAUGAUUUUGAAAAAGGGUUAUCUUUCAAGUAUCAAAAUGCUUGGGGAUAUAUUUGUAACAUAAUUGGAACGUUGAUGGAACACAUUGGCAAACAAGCACCCAACUUGGUUUCUCGUUUUAUCGAAAUACUAAAGAACCUUCGUGAAGGCUACAAUACCAAAUUUUUGGGUGAUAUUGAUAGUGCUUUAAGCAAAGCUAUCAAAUUUAUUGGUCCCGAAGUGAUACUUAGUAUAGUGCCCAUUCAACAGGACCUCCUUGGCAGCACUCAAUUUGCUCAUGAUUGGCUAUUACCAUUACUCCGUGAUAAUAUCGAAAAAUCAGAGCUUGGUAUAUUUAAAAAGCAUUUCGUUCCACUUGCAAAUGCAAUCGAAAUAAAAAUGAAAAAAAUGGAAAAAGAGAAAAAAGCAAAAUUGGUUAAACUAUAUUCAGCUAUAUACAAUCAAAUUUGGUCUCUUCUACCUUCGUUUUGUCGCAAUCCAACUGAUAUUGGACUUUUCAAUGUAGAAUUUGCUAAGCUCAUAAACAAGAAAAUUAUGGAGAAUGCUAAUAUUAGAGGCCACUGUUUAGCUGCUCUUCGUAAUUUGAUUACAACUACGUCAGAAAAAGAACUUGGCACUAUAAAAUCUUUUGCCAAAAGAUAUCUCGCAUCUUUCUUUCAACUAUACACUAAUCCUGAUAUUAAUGGCUCUGGAACUGAAGAUGGUGCACGAAUUUACGAAACUGCACGGGUUUACCUGACCAUUACAAAUGAAGAAGUUCGUAACCAUUAUUGUCUGGAGAUCAUUAAUAACUUAAAGGGAUUUGAUAAACUUGACGAAAAUAAUGUCAAGACUAGAAAUUAUCUAUUGGAUCUAUUGUUAUUAUUCAUCCCCUAUUUAAAAUCAGCAGAGGAAAUCAAGUUAAUCUACCAAGACAUCAUCCUUCCUGCUAUUCAAAAAUUAAAUAAUAAACCCAAUGAAAAAUCAUCUUUGAAAAAGGUGUAUCGAUUGGUCCAGGAAAUCUGUAGCAAUGAACACUGUAAAGAGUUUAUUUCAUCCCUCAACAUUGAUGUGAUAAAAAUGUUGAUUGGAUUAUUUGAAUCAAGUCCGGAUCAAAUCAAAUACUUGCCUGUUAAUUCGAUAAGUAUUUUAUGUGAAAAGGGAAUUAUUCAAUUGGAGAAGAAAAAUAUCAAUGAUAUUUUAAAAGUGAUUAUUGAUUGUGUUGCAACUGGAAGGAAAAAAUGUAAAAAAGCUGGAUUUACCUUACUCAUCAACCUCCCUUCGUAUUUCAACAAUAAUACAACUUUUGUCCAACAAAGCCUGGUAAAUCUUAUCUCUAUUUUCAAUAAAGACCUUAAGCCUGCCGAGAUUUUGGUUCUGGGACGUGGAAUAUUAGAGCUGAAUCAGGAAGAGUUGGCCAAUGAUGUUAGAAGUAAAUUGUUCCAGUUCUUAGAUUUAUUGAAAAAUGAACAAAGAUCCAUCGUCAAAGCUGUUUUCCAAAUUCUCAAUUUGUGGAUUAAAACAACUAACAAAGAAGAGCUGUCCCAUUCUGUUUAUAACAUCGUAAUAUCACUCAACACUUUGAGCGAAAAUCACAAGAAAGCUUUCCGACGUGAAGUUAAGAUUAUUCUUUCUAAACUUGUUCGCAAGUUUGGAUAUGAUAUGAUCUCCAGGUUUGUUCCUGAAGUGUAUAGUAAAGUAUUGAGAAACAUUCGGAAGUUGGAAGCGCGCAAAGCCCGUUCGAAAAACUCUAAUGAAGUUGACGAUGAUGAAAGUGAAAUCACUACCACAACAACGCAUAAAUCAACCAAGUCUAUGACUGAUAUUUUAUCUGAUGAUUCAGAUAGCGAUGAUUUGUAUGAAGAUGAUAACAGAACUCAAGCCUCCUCAAGAAGAUCGAAAAAGAAGCGCUCUCAAACUUUCAUUGAAGAGAGAGCAGAUGAAGAAGAAAUUCUUGAUUUAAUGGCUCCAGAUAUUAAUAAAAGAAUACAUUCUUCUAAUCCAUCGAGAAACAAUUCUUCAAGAUCCACUAAAAAGGAACCUUUCCCAAUGACAGAGGAUGGAAAACUCAUAAUCGACUUUAAAGAUUCUCGUGGAUCUAAGAGGAAGAGAGAUGAUGAUGACGAUGUUGAUGAAGACCUUGACGAAAAUAAUGAAGACGAUGAUGAUCGAUUAACUAUGACCAAUGUCUCCAGAACAUCUAAAACUUCAAAAUCAUCUAAAAUAUCUAAAGUAUCUAAGAUGUCAAAGACUUCAAAAGCUUCUCAAGAUAGAGCUAGUUAUAAACAUGGAGGAAAAGGUAUUCACAGACCGAUUAAGAAAAGAAAAACUGGAAUUAAAGGAGUCAAAACAGGGGAAGAAUUCAAAGCCAAAAAGGCAGGAGGUGACAUCAAGAGGAAAGAUGGACCUGAUCCGUUUGCGUAUGUUCCGUUGAAUGGAGCUUUAUUAAAUCGAAGAAAAAAGAACAAAUUCAAAGGCUAUUUUAAUAAGCUAAUUACAUCAAAAGGCAAAUCUGAAAAACAGAAUUAAUAAGAUAAAAUAAAAUAAUGUAAAGCUUUUGUUGGUAUCAUUAAAAAAUAUGUGAAUUCAA